CGCUCUAAACGCAAGCAGACAUUUAAGAAUCUCUGUUUAGUGUGGUUCUGCAGUUCUGUUAAAAUGCCUGAACCAGCGAAAUCUGCUCCAGCCCCCAAAAAGGGCUCCAAGAAAGCCGUGACCAAGGCGCAGAAGAAAGAUGGCAAGAAGCGCAAGCGCAGCCGCAAGGAGAGCUACUCCGUGUACGUGUACAAGGUGCUGAAGCAGGUCCACCCGGACACUGGCAUCUCGUCCAAAGCCAUGGGCAUCAUGAACUCCUUUGUCAACGACAUCUUCGAGCGCAUCGCGGGUGAGGCCUCGCGGCUGGCGCAUUACAACAAGCGCUCGACCAUCACGUCCCGGGAGAUCCAGACGGCCGUGCGGCUGCUGCUGCCCGGGGAGUUGGCCAAGCACGCCGUGUCCGAGGGCACCAAGGCUGUCACCAAGUACACCAGCUCCAAGUAGAUGUGCUUAAAGGCACCGUCAAACCCAAAGGCUCUUUUCAGAGCCACUUACAUUUUCAUUUAAAGAGCUGUGAUCGUUUCCUGUCUGGGCAUAAUUUGUCCCUGAAUUUUCUGUGCUUUCUGUUCAGGUAAUUCCAGAUAAAGAGCUCCUUGUUCUCAGUUUAAAAAA